AUGGACCCUCCAGAUCUAACAAAAGGCGCUUCCCCAAACGUCGAAGACAACAUGAACAUGUGGGCCAAUCCCGUCGAGCGACUCGACCUAUUCCAUACAGUUGCAUUCGAACCAACACCCAGCUCUACGACUUCUAUCUGCGAUGACUUCCUUACAUCCAUAGGUGGCAACCGCCCUCUCCCCUUUUCUGCGUCUCAUCAAGAGUCAGAGUACACAGCGUACUUUGAUGGCGAGAUACAUUAUGGGAACUUCGUGUACGACGCAGCUGGACCAGACGUCCAGGUGGAUGUCCACAACGCCUACGACCCGCUAGCGGCUACCCAGUCUCCGCCAACGAGCGUCAUGCCCUCGACUACGCUGGUGUCUGGCACGACGCCCGAAUAUGAUCCGCUGCUCGACUCGUCGAAGCCGCCGCUGUCCUAUGACGAUAUCUUGCGUCUCUGGAACGUGACCGCGGACCUAGAGGCAUGGACAGAUUGGAUGAAUGGGACCUCGCCAUCGAAUUAUCCGCAGGGGCUGGAAGUCGCGUCACCCGAAACGCAGCUCCCUAUCCCCACUCAGGCAUACAGUCCAACCGCCAUCGUAGACUAUAGGAGCCCUGCAUCGACAUUAUCCACACUUCACUCUCCUACCAGCACGCUGUACGAGUCCCCCUACGGAACAGUACAUGCAACCCCCAGCACGAUUUUGAGUCCAGCCAUGGACUCGAAAACCAACAAAGUAUAUGAGGCGCACAGCGUCGACACGGACCAUGUCCACACCGAGACCGCAUUCUACUCGCAGGUCUCCGAGUCCAAGGUGUCGACACCGGAGCAGCCAACCACUCACCUGAAGACACAGUCGACCAACGAUUACUCUCCACAGGGCACCGUCACUGGUUGGCGCCAUAAGACUCCCGAGGCCAUCGAGUACACAUGCAAACGCCACAGGGACGACGGCGAGAAUGAGGAAGAGGGAGACCGGAAGCGUCAACGUCGAUCCCACUCUUCUGCGUCGCCUGAAGCAUUAUCCUCGCCCGCGAGCACGCUGUAUGAAGAGAUCACUGAGCAGUACGUUAGCGUCACGAGCGCAUGCACUGGACGUAUCGAACACACGUACCGUCUGCCCGGAAACCGCCGAGCGCCGAGCACCCAGAAGACGUUUGCGAGGGAUGAAGAUCGACCAGCACAAGACGCGCAAUCCUAUCCGACGACGUCAGCACCGAAGCGGAGGAACGGAUGCAGAGAUUGGAACUGUUUCGUGUGCGGUAGUCCCCUCGCCGCGCUGAGCGUCCUCGCUCACAUCACGAAGAACGUUCGAUACAGCUGCAUGAACCAGCCUUGCCAGACGUGCGGGAAGGAGAUGACGAAGGAAGUCGCGGAAGAGCACAUUCAGGCGAUAAAAAUGGGGUACUCAGCAUGUGCAGAGAUCCCGGCGUGGAUGCGCGAGGAGUAUCGGAAGGAGAAGAAAAGACGAGGGGGAAAGAAGGCGAAGGGGAGACGGGCUCAAGUCGCUUGA